ACACAUAAUCAACAAAAUGGCGGCCGCCAUGGUGGGCUCACGUGUGGAAGAAGUUGCUGCCGCGGAAAGUGAUUGUGGCUCUGAACAAAGCUCAGGCCUUCCGGAUGAUAGCUUUUCUUCUGGGGCUGAAGAGCUCGAAGGUGAUGAGGAAGAUGAGCCUGCAGUCAUGGAUAAUGAAGACGAAACUGCAGCUGAGUCCAAAGAUGCAGCAAACACUGGCUGGGCUGAUGCCAUGGCCAAAGUGCUUAAUAAAACAGUUCCCAAGAGUAAACACACCAUCUUGGUUAAAAACAAAGAACGAGAUAAGGAGCGCGAGAGAGAAAAACAAGAAAGAUUGGAGAAGAGGAAGCAGCUUGAUAAAAAGCGGGAGUGGGAAGCGAUGUGCAGAGUGAAGCCAGAUGUUGCCAAAGACAGAGAAACAGAGAGAAACCUUCAGAGGAUUGCCACGAGGGGAGUAGUCCAGUUAUUUAAUGCUGUCCGGAAGCACCAAAGAAAUGUUAACGAAAAGGCAAAAGAGGCAGGGAGUUCUGACAGAAAACGGGCCAAACUGAUAUCAUCUGUUUCAAAAAGAGACUUUAUUAAUGCACUGAGAGGGAUGGAAGGAACAGGAAUGGACCAAAACGCCAUUAAGAAGUCCUUGAAAAGCAAACAGGGUGACUCUAAAUCAGAAGAAGGGCCAGCAUGGCGUAUAUUGCAAGACGACUUCAUGAUGGGAGCCUCAAUGAAAGACUGGGACAAGAAGAGCGAUGAGGAAGACCCUGCUGCACAAGAUGAGGAAAUCAAACAGGAGAGCCCAAAUGACUCGGACCGGUGAAAUUGCAAACAAGUGCAUUUUAGUUAGUUUUUGUUCAUCCAGGCAGCCUUAUUCUCCAAAAACAAAGACUUGUGAAAGGUUGAAGAAAAUCUGUUUUAAAAAAGUAUUGUCUAACUAUCCUGAAAUCAUGUGGUAUUUCCUUACUAAUUAUGCCUAAUUUUUGACAGAUUUUAGAAACAUUUGUACAGUCAAAACACUUACAACUUCUCAACCUGCAAGGGGAAGGUUUUGCAAAGGUCAUUGUAAGUUUAAAUACUGGUUAACAUUGUUCUCACCUUUCCACCCUGAUUUUUGCAACUUGGCUAGGUGUUGAUCAGUCCAUACAAUAAAUACUGAAAUAACAGAA